AUGAUUGCUACGUAUCAAGAUAGUGUGGCAGUAAGUCCUACGCCUAUAUCAAUACCGUCCCAUAGUAUAAAGACACAUUUAUAUGAUAAGCGAAAAAAUACCAGGUAUGACUUGUAUCACCCACUUGAUUUUGUAGAUUCCGAAGAGUCAGAAUUGGAAGAAGAAAUUUGUGAGAGCUUUGAAGAUGACAGUUCGUUCCCCAACUCCUUAGGUAGUUUAACAUCUUCAUCAGUGGGUUCUAUCUCUCUGGUUCACACAUCCAUUGCAUCGUCAACAUCAUCCUUGCCAGGUAGCUCGUACCUUAUCUUGAAUAAGAAGACGUCCCAAUCGCAGAUUCUGGCGAUCAAUGUCACUACAACAACACCCAUAUUGAAGACUGCAAAGAGUUCGGCUAAUUUUGCGAAAAUUUUAGAAAGCAACAACGUAGUCCUUGAAGCACAAAAUGUAGAUAAUAGCAAUAACGUGGUGCAGAAAAUGAGUAAGAGCGGUACCGCAUUUGCCUCCUACUCAAAAAGUAUAUUACAGACUUACCUCAAGAUCGACUUGUUGCCAGAUUUUUUUGGCAGAGGCAAUUCGCAUUUGCAGUCUAGCCAAGGCGAAAAUAGCAAUGGAACUGAAACUGCGAGUGAAAGUGUAAGUGAAAGUGAAACAAGCGAGACACACGAAGAAGAGGAAUUGCAGUCGUUCUCGUCAAAUGCCCCUAAUACCCCAUUCAAUCCCUCGCAUUACAAGUCGAAACCAAUACGUAACAGAGAACUCCGCAUAAAUUCUAGGUUCCUUAUUAUGUACACAUUUGAUUUCAAUUCUCGUGUAAAUGGACUUUUACCAAGUUCCAACACAGCCGGUGAGUUCCAGGAGCUCUUAUCCGUGCCAGCAAUCAAGAGAUUCCAUAAGAAACAUAAUUUAAACAAAGUCUCAAAUUUAUCGCGAGAUAAACUUUGGGAAAACGUAAUUCUACAGGCUAGAAACGACUCAUUGCCCAGUGAAGGGAUAAACUAUGAGAAUUACAUCAAAGAAGAAGAAGACGACGAGGAAGAAGAUGAAGAAGAGACUUCUGAAGGUGAAUCAAUAGAAGAUGAGAAGCAUUUCAGAAUGACUCGUAAUCAUUCAAUCAUUAAAUUGAAUGGUUCUGAAUAUCUACCAUGGGCUAAUUUGAAAAGUUCAUACAAAUGUGUGAAACCCGCAGGUAUUUUAGAGAAAGGGAAAUAUUUGUGCAAUGGAGAACUGCCAUGUUCAGGAGUAACCAGAACACAAUUCACCGUAAAGGGAUGGUGUAAUAAAAGAUGGGUUAGCUCUACCUAA